CUGAUAGAGUGAUAGGAGGAGAGAGGGAGAAAAAAGAGAGAGAGAGAGAGAGAGAAGGAGAGAGAAAUAUCUGGAAAAGUGCACGACAAUGUUGAUUCUAACAUGCGAGAGGACGGAUGCAACAAUCGUGUCUCUCGUACGUUAAGUUGUCAUAAUAAUGGCAGACAAUGUGCACAGAAAAUCGCACAGGCUGUCAGAUGGUAGCAGAAAAGUGUCGAAUCCCGUGCAUCGCACGACCACGGAGACGAUACGUCUUGGCGAGAUAGACAGGCAUCAUCAGCCGGUUGUUGUACCGAGCAGCGGUGUGCAGGCCCCGAGUGGCAAUCGGAAGAAAACGUCGUCGUUCCAGAUAACUAGCGUCACCGUAGGCUGUCGCAUGAGCAAUGACGCCGGCGAGGAUUCCAACGAUGACCUGGACGAGUCGCAUACCGAGGACAAUUCCGUUGAACACUCACGCAUCACCGAUCUCGACAUCGAGACACCAAGCUACUCCGAGGAUACCUUCUCCAAAGAGGAUGUGUUCUUCAACACGAGCAAUGCCGCUCUCAGCACAGCCCCGGUGAUCCCUACCAGCUCGCAGUACGGCCUGGCCAUCGUGCCGUCUGAGGGCGGCAAUAUUAGUAAUUCAGUUAAUGAUAGCAAUAUUAAUACCCUGGACAUUACGUCUGUCACUGACAAGCAGGACGCGGAUCUGCGCGAGGUUCACUCGCAUGGUAGAAAUGAGAGGUUCAAAGUAGUGAAGAUUGAGAGCACGGAACCCUUCAAAAGAGGACGAUGGACCUGUAUGGAUUACCUCGACCAUACAUCCGUUAAUCAACCGAUGGCCAUCGGCACACCAAAAGUAUCUGAUCCAAACGAGGUGUGCAUAUCGUAUGGCGUGACCGACAGUGGGAUUGUUAUACCAGAGACUGCGAAGCAAUCUGUAGUGACAGUGACUGAUGAUAAAGGGAUUAAUAUUGAUGCUAAUGGACCAGAUACAGUGCAUUCGUCGAUCGCUGUGUCAAAUAAUCCCACGCAAUCGGCAUCGAGUACGAGCUAUGCGGUGAAUAAUUCAAUAUCUCCCAAUGUACAGCAUAAUCCUACACAGACCCAGGCUAAAGCGCAGCAGCAAAUUCCGCAAUAUUUUCAAUCUCAGACUCAGCCAAUAGCUACACAGCAGCAGCAACAGCAGCAGCAGCAGCAACAACAGCAACAUCAGCAGAGCACCCAAGGCUCUACGUUACCUUCCAAUUUGCAGGCUACUCAUCCCAACAACUUGGGGCAACCUCCUCAGAGUAUGCCUCAAGGAUCUAUCCCCAUUAUCACUAGCAAUAGCACAGUAACUCCCCAGCCAAGUAUACCUCACUCCAAGGAAGAAGCUUAUGUAACGGUGAGCACACAGAAUCAAUCCUUACCAGUCCAGAAUGUCUGUCAGUCGACGGUGCAACAAACAUCAGUUCCGACCUCUCAGGCUCCAAACAUUCUUGUCACGCAGCAUCAACAGUCGGAAGCGGCUCCCUGCCAACAACCUUUGGCGACGCAGCAGCCGCAAAUGACACAAAUCUCCGAGCCAAUGACUGCCAUACAAGGGAUACAAAGUAUGCAAAGUAUUCACAAGACGGCUGGAGCGCCACAGCAGUCACAAGCGAUUGCACCCUCGACGCAGCAGUUGCAGCCACAAACGACUAAUGGUAAUGCUCCGGUGCAGAUCACACAAAUGACGGCCGGUUGUCAGAGUGCUGUCGGCGGACUGCAACAGCAGGGAAACAUGACGUUUCAUCAAUCCGACCCGGAACAAGACUCCAUCUCCGGUAUCGUUGCUAACACUACUACUAUUCAGUCGGCCGAUGCGACUCUACUCGAAUCAUUAGCCGAGGUUACGCAGGGCAGCGAUGAGCAUCGUACUCUCGAAGAUAACGAAAGCAUGCAGGGAACAAGUGCAGUGGCGAUUGAUAACAAGAUCGAGCAGGCUAUGGAUUUAGUUAAAAGUCAUUUAAUGUUCGCGGUACGGGAAGAAGUCGAGGUAUUAAAAGAGAAAAUAGCUGAGCUUAUGGAUCGUAUCAAUCAAUUGGAAGCGGAAAAUUCAAUCUUAAAAGCACACGCAACUCCAGAAACAUUGGCGCAAUUGAGUCAGUCGGCAGCAAAAUUAUCCCAAAAUAAUUCAGGAAAUGGUCAAUAGUUUACCGUUUAGGAAAUAUAUUUAAAAUCGUAAAUUGAAGCUUUCCCUCUUUUUCAAAAAAUGACAAAUCAUUUUGAAGACAUGUUUGUUGUUAUUCUAGAUAGAGAGUAACACAUAUGAAAAUAUACGAGUGCAUGCCGAGACUAAGCAGCGCUAAUGUGAUAGAAUUGACAUUAUUUUACAUUAGAAAAGUAAUUUUUAAUAUUAACAAAUAAUUAAAGAGAAAUAACAAUACAACAGAAUAGGCAA